AUGGAGCAAACAAAAAACCAGAAAACGCUAAACGUUGAUGAAGAAAAAUGGGUUUAUGAUUCUUCUGUUGAUCAUAAAGGCAGAGUUCCCGUCCGAGCUUCCACCGGUGCAUGGAAGGCUUCCCUUUUUAUCAUUGCAAUUGAAUUCAGUGAGAGGUUGAGUUACUUUGGGCUAGCAACAAGUUUAAUCAUAUACCUUACCAAGGUGAUCCAUCAAGACCUAAAAACUGCAGCAAAAAGUGUCAACUAUUGGAGUGGGGUAACCACUAUGAUGCCACUGUUUGGAGGAUUUAUAGCUGAUGCUUACGUUGGCCAGUUCUCUACUGUUCUUGCCUCAUCCAUUGUUUAUCUCAUGGGCUUGCUUCUUUUGAUAAUGUCAAGAUUAGUCCCAGGCUUGAAACCUUGUGAUUCUGGGUUGUGCCAUGAACCCCAUAAGGUCCAUGAGGUGGUGUUCUUUAUUGCAAUCUACUUGAUUUCAAUAGGAACUGGAGGGCAUAAACCCUCUCUGGAGAGCUUUGGAGCCAAUCAAUUUGAUGAUGAUCAUCCUGAAGAAAGAAAGAAGAAAAUGUCAUUUUUCAAUUGGUGGAAUUUUGGGCUCUGUUGUGGCCUAUUACUUGGUGUAACUUUGAUUGUCUACAUUCAAGACCAUGUUAGCUGGGCUGCAGCAGAUAUCAUUCUUACAGCAGUCCUGGCUUCAACUAUUGUGAUAUUCUGUAUGGGACGGCCAUUUUAUCGUUAUAGGAAGGCAGCAGGAAGUCCUCUGACACCCAUGUUACAGGUUCUUGUAGCAGCUAUUGCCAAGAGAAAUGUUCCAUAUCCAUCUGCUCCUGAUCAGUUGUAUGAGGUUCCUGAAUCAGACAAGACUAGAGCGAGGCUUCUGUACCACACCGAUAAGCUUAAGUUUCUUGAUAAAGCUGCAAUAAUCGACGACAAGCAAAACAAAGCAGAGGAGAAACAGAAUAGUAAUCAAUGGAGACUUGCAACUGUGACCAGGGUGGAAGAAUUGAAGCUUAUUAUCAACAUAAUUCCAAUAUGGCUAACUAGUUUGCCAUUUGGAAUCUGCGUAGCACAGACCGCAACAUUCUUCAUCAAACAAAGCGCAACAAUGAACAGGACAAUCUCUCACAAUUUUGUGAUCCCACCAGCCACAGUUUAUGCCCUUGGUGCCAUCGGAAUGAUAAUAUCAGUCACAUUUUACGAUAGACUCCUCGUACCCUUGCUACGAAGGGUAACAGGAAAUGAAAGAGGCCUAAAAAUUCUUCAAAGAAUUGGUUUUGGGAUGAUUUUCUCUAUUAUAACUAUGGUAGUAGCAGCAUUGGUUGAAAGGAAAAGGCUAAAUAUUGUGGAAAAGAAUCCUCUCGAAGGCUCGAUUUCAAUGAGUGUAUUUUGGCUGGCACCCCAGUUUCUCAUCAUUGGUAUAGGGGAUGGAUUUACUCUAGUGGGAUUGCAAGAGUACUUUUAUGACCAAGUCCCUGAUUCAAUGAGAAGCUUAGGCAUUGCAUUGUACCUUAGUGUAAUUGGGGCUGCAAAUUUUCUUAGCAGUCUUUUGAUUACAUUAGUUGAUCAUAUUACAGAGAAGAGUGGCAAAAGUUGGUUUGGGAAGGAUUUGAAUAGCAGCAGAUUGGACUGUUUUUACGGGUUAUUAGUGGUUAUUACGUCACUGAAUCUGUGCAUUUACGUGUUUGUUGCGAGACGAUAUUCUUACAAGAAUGUGCAAAGGACUACAAUGGCUGUUGCUGACUGCUAUGGAAGUGGUAGAAUUGAAGCAAUGGCUUGA